AUGGUAAUCCUCAAUGUGACCAGGCUAAUCUUCUUAGCUACCUUAACUGCUCUAGGGUCCUGCAAAAUACAUGAUAAUUGCACAGUGAGAAGGUGCAGCGAUCAGGGUCCGGCUAUCAGAUUCCCCUUCCGAUUGAAAGACUAUCAACCACAGCACUGUGGCUUCCCUGGAUUCGAGCUUUCUUGCACCCAGAGUCAGGAGACUGUGCUGGAGAACCCAUUUCGAGUUAAAGCAUCCCUCAACCAGACCAAGCCUCCUUUCUCAGUGAAGUUUGUCAUCAAUAAAAUUGAUUACGAGUCUCGAUUGCUGUAUGUAUCCAAAUUGGAUGGCUGCCUUCCUGGGCUGCUUCCCAAACUAGAUUUAUCUGCAUCUCUCUUUCAAAUACCAGAUUUCAACGACUAUGACUUUUCUUUUUUUAAAUGUUCUUCCAAAAAAUGGUACAUGAUACCUAUCCCCUGCCUCAGCAAUUCGAGUUACCAAGUUUAUGCAACUCAGUCUACUGAUUCCGUCCGAUUUGCGUCCCUAGUUUCUUGCACGAAGAUGUUUGAGAUUCCUUCAGUUUCCUAUGCCCUCAUUGAGCCUCAAAUCCCUCUAGUUUUAAGCUGGUCCGCACCAAAUUGUGGAUACUGUGAGGCAGAAGGCAAGUUCUGCAGAUUGAGGAAGAGCAGCAGUUCAGCAGGUAUUCAAUGCUUGGAAAUUUGGCAUGCAGGCAUGGUAGUAGGUCCUGCUCUCAUUGUAUUAAUUGGAAUUGCCUCCUAUCGAAUAUUUCGCUCCAAAAAACUCAAAAAAGAAGAUCAACUUAAGAUCGGACAAUUUCUGGAGGAUUACGAGGCUCUCAAGCCAUCGAGAUACUCCUAUUCUGAUAUCAAGAAAAUAACUGGAAAUUUCAGUGAAAAACUAGGCGAAGGAGGCUAUGGAACAGUUUACAAGGGCCAGCUUUCUAACGAAGUUUUUGUAGCUGUUAAGGUCCUCAACAACAGCAAGGGAGGUGGGGAAGAUUUCAUCAAUGAAGUGGGCACCAUUGGUCAAAUUCACCACGUUAACAUUGUUCGAUUGGUUGGAUAUUGUGCUGAUGGAUACAGAGGAGUUCUUGUCUAUGAAUUCUUGCCCAACCACUCCCUCGAGAAGUUCACAUCUUCAGAGAACGAGAGAAAUUUGCUCGGAUUGGAGAAGUUGCACAACAUUGCUUUGGGCACAGCGAAAGGGAUCGAGUACCUUCACCAGGGGUGCGAGCAGCGGAUCCUCCACUUUGACAUUAAACCUCAUAACAUCUUGCUAGACCAGUAUUUCAAUCCAAAAAUCUCUGAUUUUGGUCAAGCAAAGUUGUGCUCCAAGGAGCAAAGUGCUGUGAGUAUGACUGCUGCAAGGGGAACAAUGGGAUACAUUGCACCAGAAGUCUUCUCCAGGAACUUUGGAAAGGUGUCACAUAAGUCUGAUGUUUAUAGCUUCGGGAUGUUGUUGAUCGAAAUGGUUGGAGGUAGGAAAAACAUUAAGAUUGGAGGUCAAGAUAAUAGUGCUGAAGCUUAUUUUCCGGAGUGGAUUUACAACAAAUUGGAUCAAGGUGAAGAAAUAACAAUCCAAAUUGACAACGAGGAUGAUAAGAUUACAGCAAAGAAACUAAUGAUUGUAGGGCUGUGGUGCAUUCAGUGGUAUCCUGUUGAUCGGCCCUCCAUGAAAGCUGUGAUUCAAAUGCUUGAAUCAGAAGAGCCUCCUUCCAUGCCAAGAAAUCCUUUUGGCUCGGCAAACGAAGUAAACAAGAGAGCCACAAUGCGUGGAGGCGGCUGUGUCAGUGAACUGAAAAGCAUAUCUGAAUCUGAAUCAGAAGAGUUGUGAUAACACGAAGGUUGCUUAAGAGUGCCAAAAGACUGACCAAUGCAUUUCACAAUUAAUUUGUGGGUAAAUUGAGAAAAUACGUCUUGUGAUUACCAUGAAAGUCAUAUGCCCUCUUCUUGAUCUGGUAAUAAGUUUUAGAAUUGCCUAAAAUGGGAAAAGUUUGAUUUUUUUUCUUUUUAUGUGUAA